CGCGGCGGUGGUUUGUUUUCUCCUCUCCCGCUCGGGCUCUGCCGCGAGGGCGGGGUCACGUGACGGGGGGUGUCCCGCGAGCAGCGGCAGCGCGUCACGUGAGGCGGGCAAGAUGGCGGCUCCCGCGGACGGCGCCGACCUGGAGGCCUCGCUGCUGAGCUUCGAGAAGCUGGACCGCGCCUCCCCGGACCUGUGGCCCGAGCAGCUGCCCGGUGUCGCUGAGUUCGCCGCCUCCUUCAAGAGCCCUAUUACAAGUUCUCCUCCCAAGUGGAUGGCUGAAUUAGAAAAUGAUGAUAUCGAUAUGUUAAAGGAGUUGGGGAGCCUCACUACAGCAAACCUGAUGGAGAAGGUUCGUGGCCUGCAGAACCUGGCUUAUCAGUUGGGACUGGAUGAAUCUAGAGAAAUGACUCGAGGGAAAUUCCUGAACAUCCUAGAGAAACCCAAAAAGUAGCUGCCACAUCUGGAGGAUGGACAAAAAUACCCCAACUAGAUCAUUUUGCGUACUGCGGAUCCAGAUGAACCCCAGAACUUCUAAGAAGUACAAAGCUCUUCCUCUAGACCUUCAGAAGCAAACAUCUCUUUUUGCUUCUACAGCUCAUCUCUUUACAGGGGAGACGUGUUGCAUGCGCAGGUCACAGGGAUUGCAGUUGGUUGUGUUGGAAUUAGCUUCAUCUGACCAUAAGAUGUCCAACAGGAGGACUCGGCCCUGACAUGCUGUGGCAAAGUUACCUGUCCUAAUCAGCUCUUCAGAGUGAAGAGCCAUACUGUCCUUAUCCCAUUGCUCUCGGUGGCAGCACCUGUUUGAAGCACACAGCAGAUCUGACGCCGGCCAGUGUGCGUCAUGAGGCAUUGACCCUUUCGUGUGUCUUUUGUCUUAGAUGCAUUGAAUUCCCAUGGGCAGUUUCUGUGCUGAAAGGUUUGAGCAGAGUUUGGGGUGUGGAUUGACCCAUAGCACUGGUUGGCAGGAAAAUAUGCUUUUAGUGCAGAAGUUGAGUCCAGUCUGUGCAUUAGAUUCCAGUUACUCACUACCCUCAGAGAAGCAUAUCUGAGAAUGACCUCCAGACCUUUGGUGUACCAGGAGCUUCAUCUCACCGCUUAAUGGUUCUCUAGCGAAAUCAAGACUUGCAGACCAGAGGGCAGAAGAGGUGUUACUAUAUUAUGAAGGAAAAUAUCCCGACAGAAGCUUUGGUCAGUACACAAGGAAGCAGCUUUGUUGGUCCACCGCAACAUGCUGCUUACAGAGCUAGAAACUGAAGAAAGUUAUAAAAUGGAAAGAGUAAUAUUUUCAGUUGGCGCUCCAAGAAGGAGCAACAGGAUUGUUAACCACAUUGCAAGGAUGGCCUGCUAAUACUAACACAGAACCUUAACAAUUCUGAAUAUAACGUUUUGUGGUAUUUUUAAUUAUUUAUAAAACAGCAACCUCAAAAUUCUUCCCUAACAAACCCACGAUUUUUAAGACAGAAUUUUCUGUGACCUGGUCUCUUUCAGCACACAGUUUUGGGCUUUAUUCAUCUUACGGUUUAAUGUCUUUUCCUUCUGUUAAUGUACUUCUGCAUGUUCACCCCUGAGAAAGAGGUAAGGAGCAUGUUCAGACUUUCUAUUUUAUUUAAGAGAAGAAUUUUUUCCAUGUCCUCCUUUUCUCCUUUUCAUAGCAAACAACAUUUUAAGCAUUAGUAAAUAUGUCCAUUCUAGGUUACAAAAUAAUAUUGAAAUAUUAGAUGAAGAGCAGGGUUUUUUUUCUCCACUUAGAAAUGGUAUUUUUAGCAUGCAGGCUUUUCAAAACUUGUCGUUUCCCAGGCUGCAGUCACAUGUGAGAGGAGAAAUGACUUGGAAAUAAAUGUCGUUAGAGCCUUGCAUUUUUCUGUCUUUGCAGAGAGAGGAGACUCUUUUCAGGUGCAUGUGUAAUAAAGAAGAGGAGGUAUUUUUUUUAAUCAGAUAGACUUCUCUGAAUUGUUGCUAAAAAGCUGGUGGCCUUUCGAUGUGCAGUCUGUGGUCUUGGUUAUUACUGGUCAGAACUGGGCUGGCUCUGGACAGCUCCUGCUACCCGAGUGCAAACAGUUAAAACCCACGUCCUGGAAAGACCUUGCACAAAUACUGAAUAUUUAAGACUGUCAGCAGUCUGAUUUUUAAACUUAAUGGAUUGAUUUCUGUACUUCACAGUUUAGGCAGAGCUAAGCUUAUCAGGAGCUCCAUCCCUUGAGAACAGAAGAGUUAAGACAGAUGAAUGUGAGGAGAAGCUAGAAGUGAUAAUUCAGAAACAGAGAAAAAAACCUGCUGGUGCAAACUGAUUUUGCUGUAGCUUUAUGUAUUAAAUUGUACAUUUUGAAUGCAAUUUAAAGUUUUUAUACUAUAUACAUAAUAUAUAUACACAUAUUUGACAUAACGGGAUACUUCAUCUGUAUGACCAAUAUGAGUUUGUGCAUUUUAUAGAGGUUUGUGAUGCAACACAUUAAGAAAUUGAGAUCUGAAAGGAGGGAGGAAUAUAGGAGAAGAUAUGAAAGCCUGGCAUGGAACUAUAUGUAUAUUUUCUGAUAUGUUCACUAAGGAAUUUCAAACUGUAGGUAGUUUUUAGUAACAUACAUGUGUUUAAAGAAAAAAAGAACAAAAAAAGCAUUUUACUCUAUACAGUACGUACCACCUUCUACAGUGCAGCCAGUAACAUAUGCUUUAGAAUUGAGAUAUUUAUUGGCUUUGUACUUGUCAUCUGUAGAGAUGAGUCAGGGAUGUAUUUUUUUAUUGGUAAUAUUUAUAUGUAUUUUUGCGUGUUAGCCAGAGAAUUGUAAUCUGUCUGUUAUUGCUUUGUGGUUUGAUAAUAAACAAAUGCAAACCUCAGAAAUUUAUCUGGGUUUCCAAAAUAGCCCUUUGAGAUGCAAAAGCUUUUGCUUAGCCACCUAGUCCAUACUCUUCCUCGGGCUUUUCUUCACACUUCUGCAUGCCGCCACCCCAGGGUUUGGCCUGUGGAUGCUCCGUUCCCAUCAGUAAAUAAAUAUUUGGCAAUAUUCAAAUGGUACUAAGGGUUUUCUUACCUCCUUGAAUCCUGUUUUUUUUCCCUCAGUGAUGUCCUUCCUGACAUCCCUGCAGUAUCUAUCUAUACAAGAUAAUCUGGGUGACUUUUUGUUGCUGAUAACCUGUAUUUUGAAACAAACAAAAAAUUUUGAUAAAUUAAAUGAUGGGAAUGAAGAGUGGAAGAAAAUGAAGAUUUCAUAAUAUUAAUUGAGAUAAUGCAUUGGUUUAUGAAGUGUUCCAUGUGUUGGUAUGUUAAAUGUUACUGUGAGGUUCUUGGAAAUAAACCCAGUAUGUAUUUAGUUCCUUUUAAAUGCCAGUGUUACAUAUAUUCAGUUGUAAAGGAUGUUCACUUCUGUCUUGGAGUAUCAAACACUUUUUCAAGUGUUUUCAAGUUUUCAACACUAUCAAACACUGUUUAAUCCCACUGAGAAAAUUCUUGUUCGUUAUAUUAGUCAUUAUCAAAAUAAAAGUCUAGUUGCACUGGCAA